AUUUUUUCGACAUAUUUAGCAUCUACUCUUAUUCAAAAAGUUACGCUAAAAUCAAAAUUUGAAAAUUCUGAGUCUGAUGCCCCGAGAAAUAAUAACAUUGCAAAUAGGACAAUGUGGAAAUCAGAUUGGUAUGGAAUUUUGGAAGACCCUCUGUUUAGAGCAUGGUAUCAAUUCAGAUGGUAUAUUAGAAAAUUUUGCAACUGAAGGGAUUGACAGAAAAGAUGUUUUCUUUUACCAAGCAGAUGAUCAACAUUAUAUACCAAGGGCCAUUCUUUUAGAUUUGGAACCUAGGGUUAUCAACUCUAUUCUAUCUUCCCCAUUUGCAAAUCUCUAUAACAGAGAAAAUAUAUAUUUAUCUGAACAUGGUGGAGGUGCUGGUAAUAAUUGGGGAAGUGGAUUUUCUCAAGCUGGUCAAAGAAGUGAAGAAAUUUUUGACAUUAUUGAUAGAGAAGCUGAUAACAGUGACAGUUUAGAAGCUUUUGUCAUAUGUCAUUCUAUAGCUGGAGGCACCGGCUCUGGGAUGGGAUCCUAUUUCAUGGAGACCUUGAAUGACAGAUUUCCCAAGAAAAUUUUACAAACUUACUCCGUUUUCCCCAAUCAAGAGGAGAUUAGCGACGUUGUCGUUCAACCUUAUAAUUCUAUCUUAACCUUAAAAAGGUUGACGGAAAACGCGGAUGCCGUGAUAGUGUUAGACAACACCGCCCUAAACCGAAUCGCCACCGAACGUUUGCGCCUAGAAAAGGUUUCCUUCGCCCAGAUAAAUUCCUUCGUCUCUACCAUAAUGGCCGCCAGCACGGCUACCUUAAGAUACCCCGGUUACACCCACAACGAUUUGGCGGGGAUUUUAGCCGGGCUCAUACCUACCCCCACACUCCAUUACCUCAUGACGGGGUACACCCCACUGAAUAUAGCUAUCGAACAGUCAUCCCAAACUCAAACCGUAAAUCAAAAUAUUAACGCGAUGAUGGUCAAUUCACGAUGCGGAAGCGAAAUUACGCAAAAGAAUACUUUUUCUAAUCAAACUUCCUUGACCUCUUCCUCUAUUUCGAAUAAUCCUCCGCCCGUAACGAACGUCAGGAAAACGACCGUACUGGACGUGAUGAGACGUCUAUUGCAACCGAAGAAUAUGAUGGUGUCCACAUCCCACGAUAGGAAUCUCAAACAUUGCUAUGUGUCAAUACUCAAUAUCAUACAGGGGGACAUAGAUUCGACUGAAGUCCACAAGAGUUUGCAAAGGAUAAGGGAACGGCAAAUCGUUCAAUUCGCGCCUUGGGUCCCGGCAUCUAUCCAAGUGGCUCUUUCCAGAAAAUCGCCUUACAUUACGUCAGCUAACAAAGUUAGCGGGUUGAUGUUGGCCAACCAUACUAACGUAUCUUCCUUAUUCGACCGAACCCUCAAACAAUACGACAAACUACGUAAACGGGAAGCGUUUUUGGACAUGUUCCGGAAAGAAGAGAUGUUCAAAAACGACCUAUCCGAACUUGACGAUUCGAGAGCCGUGGUAUUUGAUUUGAUCGAGGAGUACAGAGCUGCUACUACGGAAGAUUAUCAAGAUUCUGGCAUGGGGACCGAAGGAAAUUUCGAACAUGGCGGUGGGGAAGAUGCGGAAUUGGCCGAAUUACUGAGGCUCCUGGGUAAAUCCAGCGAGAAUUCCGAUCACCAAUUUAGCCCUAACAAUCUUGACGAAGAGUUGGAAAUCACUUAUGAUAAAGGUGCCGACGAGGAAAAAUCACCGAACGACGCGGAAGGAUACAAUGUCAGUGAAUAACUAAUAAAAGGAAAAAAAUUUUGACGCAAACAAAAAUGCUCAUUUUAAAUUAUCGAUUUUAUAGUUAUAUAGUAUGGUAUAAAUUAUUAAAUCGUAUUUUAUAAAAUGACAUAUAAUAUUACCAUAAACUAACGGUGCAUUCAUAAUAAUGCAUUUGAAAGCGUCAGUUGAAUGCAAAUCAGCUGGACCCGCCAUUUUGG